AUGGCUCGUGCUUCCCAAACUGUGUCUUCCUUGUCAUGUGCCGCACUAUCUCAAACUCCAUGGCUCAUGCUUCCCAGUGACCAGGAAGACGAUAGUACUGAUACUCGCUGCUUCUUUAGCCUCGCAGAGAAUAAGAUUUACAAGAUCAAGAACAUGUUCAACGGGCUUCCUGAUACUUGGUGCGUGGGUUCGUCUCACGGUUGGAUGGUGGUUUUGGAUCAAAGAGUAAACCCGCUUCUGUUUAAUCCCUUCUGUAAGGCUAAAGUAGAACUUCCGACGUUUCCUCGUGAACUGAAACCCAGCGUUGGUGAAACUUACUUUGUUGAACAGUUGCGGAAGGUUUUCAUCGUCAAGGCUGUCGUGUUGUUCGUGAACCAGUCUUGCAGGGUAGUGGUAAUCUAUGGAAUCCAAUCAAGCCUUGCAUUCUGCAAGCUCGAAUACAACACUUGGACCGACCUUGGUGACGAAGCCAAGUACGGUUCGAUUGCAGUAUGGGAUUUUCGUAAUCCUUUUCCCACAAAAAUCAUCAGUCCUUCUGCAUCAGUUUCCGAAGUUGAUCACUACAUGAACUUUCCACGAAAUAAGUUCUUCACUCAAUCUUACUUGGUGGAAUCAUUGGGAGGUCUUUUGCUUGUCGAUCGGAUCGUCGGCUACUUUGUUAAUUCAGAGGGGAUAGCAGUGGAUGAGUAUGAUCUUCUUAUCCAUGAGGAUACGCAGCCUUUGGUUUGUCCAUACCGAACAAAGCUAUUCAACGUCUAUGAGUUAGAUCACAAACAGGAGACAUGGAAGAAAGUGGAAUCAUUAGGUGAUCGGGUCAUAUUUGUGGGUGGAAACUACUCCAUGUCGUUGUCCAUUCAUGAUCUUGAAGAAUGUGAAUCGAAUACUAUCUACUUCUCGGAUGAUAACUGGAAUCAGGUGGAUGAGGAUUACAUGUAUGGCGGUCAUGAUUUCGGCACGUUCAAGUUGACAGAUGGAAGUCUUGAAACGGGGCCAGAUUAUUGUUCGAAGUUUGAUACACCACCCUUUUGGAUAAUUCCUGCCCGGCGUUGA